AGGGGCUUGAAUCACUUUCAGACUUAUCCACUCACAGCCAGCGGAAGGGGGAAUGGCAUGGAGGCAUGGAGCAACCUGCAUGGAGGGCAUGCAAAUCUCGAGAUGGAUCUGAUCUGACCCUCUUUUCCUUCUUCGUCGUCUUCUUCUUCUUCUCCUUCUUCUCCUCCUCUGAUAUACAUAUCCGCCUCACACCCUUCCUCUCACAUUCUUUGUUACUUUUCUGUUCGUUUGGUAGUGUUGUGUGUCUAGUUUUCUAUUCUCUUCUUCUUCUUCUUCUUCUUCUUCUUCGUCUGAUCUCCCCGCUGGUUCGAUUUCUUUCGUUGUCUUUGUUGUAGCUGUGUCUAUAAGGUACUAUACAUAUCCGAUCAGUCACUAUGUUUUCCAACCGACUAUCCACCGUCACGGUGGUGCUCGCACUCUUUUUCACUCUUUUCGUCACACUCGCUCAAUCGACACCGACACCCAGAGGAGGAGAGAGGGUGAAGGGCCUCGGAGUCCCCAUCAAUAAUGCAGACGCUUCCGACAUCAUCGCCAACAAGUACAUUGUGGUUUACAACAAUACCGCUAGCGAUGAGGAGAUCGAGACCUGCAGAGCCACCAUUGCUACUGCUAUGAAGAAGCGUAGCGUUCAGCGUGGUUUGGAUGGACGGACGCUCUCGAGCCAUAUCGAACCAUUUUCCAUGGAGGGAUGGAGGGGGUCGAUUCUCGAGGCCGAGGAUGCUAUGAUGUUGGAGAUUGCGGAUAUGUCACACGUUUCUUACAUCGAGGCCGACACAAAGGUCAAAAUCAACGCUCUGGUAUCGCAACCAGCUGCUCCAGCUGGACUGAGGCGCAUUUCGCAUGCCGCGGCGGGUGAGACAGGUUAUAUUUUCGACAACACUUCCGGAGCUGGUAUUACGGCAUAUAUUGUCGACACAGGGAUCCGCACCACACAUGAGGAAUAUGGAGGACGUGCUAUCUGGGGAGGAAACUUUGUCAACAACGUCAACACAGAUGAGAACGGACAUGGGAGUCACGUCGCAGGCACAGUUGGAGGAGCCACUUUCGGCGUAGCAAAGCAAGUCGAGCUGGUAGCCGUCAAGACUCUCGAUGCAGAGGGAGCUGGUUCAAACUCCGGCGUCAUUGCAGGUCUUCAAUUCGGUAUGCUCUCUCUCCCUUCCCUCAUUUCUCCUCCCAAAUCACAUCCGUAUCCCAAACCCCAAAGUCCCAAUUCCAAUUCCAACCCAACACAAAUUGUCAGGACACAGCUAAUUUCUCCCCCACAGUCCUCAACAACGCCACCGCCCGCGGCCUCGCCGGUAAAGCCGUAAUGAACAUGUCCAUCGGCGGCUCCAAGUCCGCCGCCCUCAACUCCGCCGUCGCAGCACUCACCCGCGCCGGCGUGACCGUCGUCGUCGCAGCCGGAAACGAGAACCAGGACGCCGCCAACGUAUCACCCGCCUCGGCCCCAACCGCCAUCACUGUCGGCGCCGUGGACGCCAACGACGCCAAGGCAUCCUUCUCGAAUUUCGGUCCUGAUGUGGAUAUUUUUGCUUCGGGCGUCAAGGUGCAGAGUGUGGGCAUUACGAGCGAUACUGCUAGUGCGGUGUUGAGUGGGACGAGUAUGGGUAUGUUUUUCUCUUCCUUUCCUUUCCUUUCCUCUCCUUUGCUUUUCCUCUCCUCCUUCCUCUCCCUCUCGCCCUCUCCUUUUGCAAGUCCAAAUGAGUUGAAAUAAAAAUCCCAAUCUAACAAUCCCAACCAGCAUCCCCCCACGUCGCCGGCCUCGCAGCCUACCUCAUGGCCCUCGAGGGGAUCACCGUCCCCGCCGAGGUCGCCGCCCGCAUGAAGGCCCUCGCCCAAUCAACAGGCGCCAGCGUCACUGGCGCUAAUGCGGAGACGACGAAGCUUAUUGCGAAUAAUGGGAAUGGAUUCUAAGCUUCUUUAUUAAGAAAAUCCAGGUCUUGCUGAUGCGGGAUACUGUUGCGUUGUGGUGCUGUGAAUUUUUGUUAUGUUUUGUUACUUUUUAUAGAGGAGCGAAGAAGGGGCUGCAUUGAUUGCAUGGAAGGGCGUGGCGUGGUUGAAGAGAAGAGUAAGGCAUGGGAGUGGGUGAUUGGUACCUGCUGUGUGGAGGGUUGGGACGAAAUUGGAGGAGAGGAGCAGAGAGGCGGCGAGUGUGUAGGGUGGGGAGGGGAAGAGAGGAAGUUAUAUUCUGUUGUUUAUGCAUGCAAUAUACCCUUUUAGAAAGACGUUCGCG